AUGUCUUGCCCUCCCCUGCCCCCCACUUUCCCGCCCGCGCGCCCACCCAUACCACUGCGCUGCGUGCCAUCUUGCGAUUGUCGUUUACUGCUGGUCUUGUCACGUACGGACGCACUCCCCUCCACCCUAUCUAUAAUGUCACCGGUCUCUACGUACCAUAGAUGCUAUGCGCUUAAUGGUUGAAUGUGUAUAUUUUAUCUAUCGCUGCGAUUGCCCAGGAUGUGAGAAGCCUGAACUCCGACCUGGUGGCUGGCCACGGCGACGCGCGCGAUUGGGGACCCUUCGCCGCUGUGGCGCGGGUGUGCGACGGUGCCAGGGCGAUGCGGCUCUUCGGCGGCAUUCCGGCGGAGAUUGGUCGCGUGGGGGACGUAUCCCUACGUAUCCUUGCACGGAACAAAACGUGCGCGUGGCGGGUCAGCGGCGGGCGGUCCGGAAAUAUAAGUGCUCGCCAAGUCAUAAUCGGAUUGUUCCCCACCCCCGCAACACACCUCUCCUCCUCCUCUCGUCUGCUGGCAACGUCCUCGAGGCAUUUUUGAGGUGGGUGCUCGUUAUCGCAGGCGGCGGGGACGUAUCGAAGAUUAACACGUGCUAUCUAGGAACCCCAGUGUCACUGUGAUUCCCCGCGUUUAUAUAUCUCACCAUCGUCGCCUGUGCGUCGUGAGCUGCUCUCCUGCUUGACGCCGCGCUGACUGCUUGCGCCGCCUGCCCCCUUCUUCUUGAUUGUUACUUCUGUCUCUACAUCGCACUCCUUCCCCAAUGGCCAAGGCGCGUUUGUCACAGGUCGCCGACCACCUACGUUCCAAGAUGUCCAACACUGUCGGUGCGUAGCGACGCGCGAUGGGUCUGGAUGUGCACUGAC